AUGGAUCCCGAGGAGCAGACAGCGGUGGCGGGGCAGGACAGUGUCGCCACGGAGGUCAGCAGCUUACAGAAGAAGCGCAAGCGUCCGCACUUCGAGAAGCAUACACGCAUACGCAAUGCCGCCGCUAUGAAGUUUUCGGUCCCAGUCCCAGAGGGUGAGGAAGACACCCGCACCAUGCCAAAGCGCAAGAGGAAGUCUGGAAACCUCACCACGGCACAGCGUCAAGCUCGCAAGGCUGCCAAGAGAGCAGAGGAGGCCGGUGAGGCUGGUGAAGCUGGCGGUACUGGGGCCGAUGAGCCUGGCGUUGGCAGAGCUCCAGUCGAGGUCGAAGAAGACGAUAGGUUGCCUUGGGAGCGUAAGGCUUUGCCUCCAAUCUCUCCGACUCCAUCAUCCUCACCUAUUCCAAUUCCUUGGUCUUCAAGCCCACCAAGGGCUCUUGCGCCCUCGCCCGCGCCCACGAAGUCCGAGCAGCCGGAUGGCCCUACCAGGUCGGUCAUUGCCGGCGAAUACGGCCUUGUUAUUGGCCGAGAGUCUUCCGACAAGAAAGAGUCCAAUCAACCAUAG